AUGCUCUAGUGUCUUCAGGUUUUUCUUCUUCUUUUUUUCUUAAUCAAGCUCGCCCGUUGCAUUUUGAAAAACAUUUUUCUGUCUUUGGGUGAAGAACUUGAGGGGAAAUAACUCAAAUGAGCAGGCUUCGUUCCUUCGACAGUUCAUACUUCAACGAGUUCAUUUGGCAGUAGGCGUCCUCCUGGAGAACUGAAUUUGGAUUUUGAGAGAGAGAGAGAGAGAGAGAAGCAGAGAUGAGCGGCGGCGGCGGCGGGGCGCAGGGAUCGCACUCGUUGGCGUUCAGGGUGAUGAGGCUGUGCAAGCCGUCAUUGCACGUGGACGCUCCUCUCCGCUUCGACCCCUCUGACAUCCUCGUCGGAGAAGACCUAUUCGACGACCCCAUCGCCGCCUCCGAACUUCCCCUUCUCCUCCACCACCACCACUCCACUUCCCCUACCAAAUCCAACGAUUCCGAUCUCACCUACCGCUCUAGAUUCCUCCUUCACGAUCCCUCCGACGCCAUGGGCCUCUCCGGCCUCCUCGUUCUCCCUCAAUCCUUCGGGGCGAUAUAUCUUGGAGAGACUUUUUGCAGCUAUAUUAGCAUUAAUAACAGCUCUAAUUUCGAAGUCAGGGAGGUCGUUAUCAAGGCAGAAAUUCAAACGGAGAGGCAGAGAAUACUGCUUCUGGAUACAUCAAAAUCACCUGUUGAAUCAAUACGUGCUGGAGGCCGUUAUGAUUUCAUUGUGGAACAUGAUGUGAAGGAACUUGGUUCACACACGCUGGUCUGUACUGCUUUGUACAGUGAUGGUGAUGGUGAGCGUAAAUACCUUCCGCAGUUUUUCAAGUUCAUAGUAGCAAAUCCACUUUCAGUUAGGACAAAGCUUCAUCUACUUCUAUAUCAGGGUACAACAUUUUUGGAGGCUUGCAUUGAAAACCAUACAAAGUCAAAUCUUUAUAUGGAUCAAGUUGAAUUUGAGCCAUCACAGCAUUGGAGUGCAAAAAUACUAAAACCAGAUGAGCAGCAUUUGGAGAAAGAUAGUUUGGCUAGGGAGAUAUUUAAGCCACCAAUCCUUGUAAGAUCUGGGGGAGGAAUUCACAAUUACCUCUAUCAGUUAAAAUCUUCCUUGCAUGGUUCUACACAUACGAAAGUUGAGGGAAGUAAUAUUCUUGGUAAACUUCAGAUAACAUGGCGCACUAACUUGGGUGAACCUGGGCGGUUGCAGACACAGCAGAUUCUUGGCAGUCCCAUCACACACAAAGAGAUCGAGUUGCAGGUUGUGGAGGUUCCAUCUUUCGUUGUCUUGGAAAAACCCUUUUUGGUACAUUUGAAUCUCACAAACCAUAUGGAGAGGAAGAUGGGCCCCUUUGAAGUUCAUUUAUCACAGGGAGAUCUACAUGCAGAAAAAGUUGUAAUGAUUAACGGUCUCCAGACUUUGGCUUUGCCACAGGUUGAGGCUUUUGGCUCCACAGAUUUCCGCCUGAAUCUGAUAGCGAUAAAACCUGGGGUUCAGAAAAUCACUGGCAUAACAUUGUUUGACACAAGAGAGAGGAAAUCUUAUGACCCUUUGCCUGAUUUGGAGAUAUUUGUGGAAUCAGACUGAUUCGUGUUGCAGCAGAGCUGUUCACUUAAUGUUUUUGAGCUGGCGAUUUAAUCCUUCCUUUGAGAAGCAGUGGGUUUCCAUACGCCAUAGGACCUGUGUAUUGGUAUGUAUACAAACGGCUCAAGCCAAGGGAAGGCUAUGAUACCUGAGAGGGCAUAGCAGCAAUGGAGGGCUGUACCCUCCAUUUCAUCGGCAUUUGGGUCUGCGAGAAGCAAAUGCAAAUCUUUGGUCCAUGUCUACUCACUCAGUGUAAUCAAACUGUUCAAUAGUUUUUUUUGGUCCCAUAUGUUUUCAGCAAAUGGACGAAGAUGAAACCUGUCCCAUUCUUGUCCCCAUGCUUUCAAUUCCACAUUUAUUUAUGGUUAAUGAACAAUGAUUAAUCACAAGUAAUUGCUCCACUGAAAUGCAUUAUUGCUUUAUUUA